AGUGAGCAUACGUUGUAUUGCUAUUAACAGGGAGAUAAUUUAGAUUUGUUUACUAUGAAUAAGAAUAAAGGAAAGCGAAAAGGUUUACCGAAAUUGAAAACAAUUUUGGCAAAUCCAAUUAAGGAAAAAUGUCCCGCGUUGGAUGAAGGAGAACUACAAGAACUAGGUCAACUACUAAGUGAAUCUAUUAGCUGCAGCGGCUUAAAUCCGCAACAAUUUGCAACCUCUGUACAUAUUCGAUUGGGAUUGGAAAGUAGCCUCCGAGCUAUCAAUAACUUGAAAUGUUCUUGCGUGCUGAUUUCGUUGACUAUUCAACCACGAUUCUUGAUUGGACUAAUAGUUCGGAAUGUUGAGGCUAAAAAUACAGGAAUACCUGUGUACGUGCAGUCUCAAUUGGAGGAAUUCACGAAAAGUGUUUUUGGCGUGCGAGCGCUGGCUCUAUGCUUGCCUACCGUGGAAGAAAUGCGUGUAACCAAGUUGGAUGAAAAACUUGUACAGUGGGUUGGUUCGAGGACAAAACCUGUAAAACCAAAGGCUUCAAGAGUUAUACCGAAAAUAAUAAAAAAUAAAAAACCUACUGUAACUAUAAAAGAAGCCUCUGCAAUAGAAUUGCAGAAAACCGCUGUUGAAAAUGUAAAUGAACAAUGGGAAGGAGACUUCAUAUCCUUUUCAGAAACAAGGGAGGUUGAUAAGGCAGACCCUAUAAAAGAUGAACAACAAUUAACAGAAGCUUUAAGUAAAGUUAUUGAAAAUGUCGAAAAGCAAGCCGUCAGAGCAGUAAAUUGUAUUACUGCUACAACAACAACAACAGAAGUAAAAAUGGAUGUCGCAGAAGAUGUAUCACAUGCCGUUGAGAAAUGUUAUGAUGACAAGUCCUGUAGCGAUUCUGAUGACUUUCUUCCUGAAAUUUAUCAACCUCUUACGGUCCACAAAAUAAAACCGAAUCCUCAGAAAAAACCGAAAAAGAAGCGUCAAAAAAAUAAUAAACAAAAGAAAAACUAAAUAUGUUUUUGUUUC